UAGUCGUUAAGCAAAUGAAGCCAUGGAGAUGAAGAUCUAAACUAAACCCACAAAAUUAAGGAAAAUCCAGACGUUCUGAAUCGGAUUAAAUAUCUGAUUCCUAACCUCUUCUUGAAAAUAUUUACGUUGAUUUGGCAGUCCAAAGCUUUUUUGUCCUUUUUCUUGCUUAAUCGUCUUCUUCAAUCUCCCAUCUUCUGAAGCUGCUUCAGAGAAUACAAUAGAGAUGUGGGUGGAGAUUCUGUGUGGUCUCAUAAUAUACAGAUUGGUGAGGUGCUUCUUCUACGACGACGAUCUUUUAGACCUCGAAACUUCCGAUUCUAAAGCCCUCUUCUCCGUCGCCGAUCGACUUGAAAAGCUUUACGGUGGGAAGGCGUAUCUGGGGCUUCGACUACCAGAUGCCGACACCGCCACCAAACAGAAUAUUGACAUGGUUCUUGUCACCAAAGGGGAGGCAGUGGUGGUAUCUGUAAAGAACCUCUCAGGAUUUGUGUUGGUCAAUCCAAAUGGCAGCUGGGUGUGUGAGAACAAACACAAAACAGAACAUCAUCCCGAUCCAGUGGAAGAAGCUAAAAAACAAGCUUUAGUUCUCGAGUCAUAUCUUGAACAAAGAGGAGUCAUUUUGCCAGAAGGAUACUUGUCAUGCAAAGUUAUACUUCCCAAUCCAAAAUGUUGUACCCUUCAGCCAAACACUUUUCCAUCAGAAGUCAUUACCCAUGACCAGUGGACACAGCUUAAACCAGAACCGAAAAGUAUGUUUUCUGGUUGGAUUAAGGGUGCCUUCCGAGGUGGAAAGAAAGAGAUGCAAGAAUCUAUAGAACAGAAGCUCAAUUUUGUUCUUAGCACGGCUCCAAUGUGGGAUAGGUUGGAGCUCAGAGGUAAUAAAUAUAUCCUCGGGGAAUUUCUGGAGUUCAAGGGAAAGCAAGAAGAUCUUCAGGCCUUGAGGAAUGUUAAAAGAUCAAAAGUUGGUCGUCUGAUCAUCCAGAAGACAAGUAUGCUUGGAUUAGCCCAUUCAACGCUUCAAGUUUUAUAUUCUCCUCGUGACUAUCGAGGUGAAGGGGCUUCGGCUUCUGAAUGGAAGGAAGUAGUCGUGAGAUCGAGCACGGAGGUUCUCUUUCAGCCCGAAAAUUCUACCAAAGUGCGCGAGUUUAAACUUUCUUCAGUUGUCUCCAUGUCACUCAGUGCCUAAACUCUCUAUAACAUGCCUCCCUUAAUAUGUACUGCAGACGUUGCACCACUAGUUAUGUGUCAAAAAUUUUCAUGCGAUAUAAGCAUGCUGUAUAUAUAUAUAUAUAUAGAAAUGGACGUUUAAUUGGAUGAGUUAGUUUUUAAGAUGAAGUGAAAUUGGAAGUAAGUUAAUUCAUAAGGUGUAAAUGAAGAGUAGAAAUUGUUGCGGGCAUUUUGUCCCAGUAUUACACAGGAGAUUUUUUAAUUGAUGGCUCUAAA